AUGUCUCGCCAGCCACUGCCGAAGAGGCCAGACCAACUUCGUCCCGACCCAUCACCAUCAGUGUCUACGCAUAUCAAGUCACCAAACGACCGAGUCUCUGCAACUGCUGCCCGGAAUAGGAACUCCGCGGCUAACGAUGGGCCAUUAUCCGACAACCCAUUCACCCUCAUCCCGACCGCGUCGUACAGCGCGUUGGCCCAGCUCUAUCACCUUGUACAGCCUUGCUUAAGCGAUCAAUCUCAAGUCACGCGUCUCUUUUCGUCAGUGCGACAAUCAGGCUUUGCACCAGCAGUUAAAGCACUACUUAUUGGUGGAUACGGGCGCAGUUUUGCGGUCGUGGUGUUUGCUGUGCUGGUGAACCACGUCAGGAGGAUGCUCGCACCGGCGCUUGGCGUGGGCGUGUUCGGGGGUCCCAUUUCGACACUGAAACUUGCUAUUGGCAGUCCGGCGCUUUUUCUAAGCGAGGAGGUUGAGGUUGGCUUCUUUGGCAGAGUGUUCACCCCGGAAGGAGCGUGGAAGCUUCUCGGGGAUGUAGUUGGAACUGUCGUUUUUGAGCGCGUCUUGGUCGGUGCUGCUGAGGAACUGGAUACAAUGAAGGGUUAUUCCAAGACUGCCGCUCUUGUCGUCUACUUGAUUUGGAUUCUGGGAUGUGCCGAGUAUCUCCACGCGAGAGCAGCGCAUGUCGUGGCCGUCGGCAUCGCAUAUACCAAGCUCUUACGGGGUGGGAUGCUUCACAAACAGGCUCUAUGGGAAGUUCUACUCCCUUAUACAUCACCCAGGUCUUCGUCACUCAUCGAAAGUGUCAGAGAGAGUAUCGGUGUGGUUGGGUUCCAUCUUGAGCUUGCAUGUUUCAUCGCCUGGGGCCUCUAUCCGCUCAUAAGACUAGCCAUUAGUUCUACGUUCAGGAUGAACCCGAGGAAGAGCAGGCCCGGACUAGCGAUGCUGGUUUUUGCUUGGGUUUGGGGAACGGGUUACGUGACGAGGUACUCGAACAAGUACUACAUUGGCCUGGAGAUGAGCGGACUAUGGCUUGUCAUGUGGUGGAUCAUUGUUUCCGGAGUACUUCUUGGCUUAUACUCUUUUUGUUCUAAGUUCGGAACAGCUACUAGAAACCCGCGUCACGGAGAGAAGAGUUGA